UUGUGAAUGAACAUUUAAGAAAAUAACACGAAAUUCGCGAUCAUGUUUUCUUUAAAGCAACCACGCUGACAGAAACGUCGUAGCGCUGCACAAUCAUGGCAAAUAUGGAAAAGCUGGUCAAGGCCUUCGAGGCUCUGAAGGCUUUUCAGCAAGGCAGCGGAAGCCCCGAUGAGAGUGGGCAAUCAACGACGGGGACAGGUGUCUCGCCUGGAUUUGUCGCUGGCAGCCUCCCGAUACCCGUUAGAAAAAAGGAAAUAGUUAUAACUAAAAAAGACCGAGUUACAUAUCUCACGAUUAUUGCCGAUGCCAUGUGUACCCCCAACUUUAAAUCUACAGCUGAUUUUCCAAAGUUUCUUGGUAUCUCCAUGGAAACCUUUCUGAUAGCCUGUGAUGACCCGGAACCAGACGUUAGAAUGAAUGCAGAUGAAUGUUUGAACCGAACAAUCAAGACUCUUUUGGAAACAAAUCUUGGAAGACUGCAAGUUGAACUUUAUAAAGAAAUAAAAAAGAAUAAUGCAUCUAGGAGUCUGCGUGCUGCUUUGUGGAGAUUUGCUGACUUGGCACAUUUGAUAAGACCGCAGAAAUGCCGACCGUAUGUUGUCAAUUUAGUGCCGUGCAUACAAAGAAUAGCGAGAAGACAGGAAGAACCGAUACAGGUAUCGCUUGGUACGUUUAUGUCGAAGAUUCUGCCAGUCCUUGGGAGGUUUACAAAUGACACCGAAGUCAAGGUUUUACUGAAGACUUUUCUGCCAAAUUUAAAAUCCACAUCAGCGGCUACGAGAAGAACUGCGUCUAGUUCAUUAUCUGCAAUCUGUCAACAUUCCAGGAAGCCUCCAGUGUUUUAUGCAUGGCUUGUCAAUGUGCUCUUGGGCAUGGUAAUACCGAUCCAUGAAGAAAGAAAAUCUCAAGUUUUACUCGGCGUACUGUUGUGUUUUCGUCAUAUUAUGCCACAUUUAGCAGUGCAAGAUGAGAAAGAUCAUGGUUUGAAAGGUAGUUUUGGCAUUACUCGGAAAGAAGAAGAAUCUGGUGUCAGUACAGAACAGCUGAUCCAGAUAUACGAGUUGGUUCUUUACUACAGUCAGUUUACAGACCACAAUGUUGUGACUGCAUCGCUGGAGACAUUGUAUCAACUGUUGCGCACCCCUCACCCACAGUUGCUCAAUCUGCUUCUGUCACCACAAGGCAUCAAGAGGAAAACCAUCUUUGUAGAGUCUCUUCCAGAGGGAUUGCCAAGACAGAAUACAAGUGACCAAAACUUGGAGGGUCAGUUGAAUAGAAUAUCAUCAGUGGCGGCUGAGGAUGAAUCAAGCCUGGAAGAUUUUCAAGAUGAAUCUAUGGAAGCAGAGAAACUUCCAGGUGAUCAGACUGAUACCAUGGCAACAGAUGUUGGUGUGACUUAUCGAGAGGAUGAAUUAACAACACCUUUAUCACCAGUUGAUGGUCAUGUUUAUUGCAACGUGUUUCAAGAUGACAGCGAUAUGAUUUUACAGAAUGAUAGCAAUGACGCCACGUACUCCAAUGUUGAAAUCGGCGAUGUGGAUGAAGAUUUGUCACCACAAGAAGAUGUCUUUUUGAGUCAUAAUACAGUGAAAGAGAACUUCGCUGGUGAGAACGCUGGACUGUUGGGGAAAAGUAGUUCGCUGCCGGGCAGUAAUACGGACAUCAGGGUAAAUAUCAGCCCAUCUGGUGAUAAAGACCGAACACCAGAUUCAAGUCGAUCAGCAACGCCAAGAGAAGCUGGCAGUAUGGAACACCUGGAUAUUUACUCUCAUUCCCGGGAAAGUUCCAGCAGUAGCCUGACAGCAUCUGGCACUGCUAGGAUUAGGGAUGGUGACAUUGGUAGCUAUACUGAUAAUGAAGUCCCAUUAGUUCACUGCGUUCGUUUGAUGUGUGCUGCAUAUCUAUUAACUGGGUAUAAAAAAGGUUUGAUUCCUGAUAAGUUAGUGCGUGUUAGCGUUAAAGGACUGGCGUUAGGGUGUGUCGGGAAUGCUAUCAGUUUGUUUCCGAAAGUCUUCUUUGCUAAGUUAUUCAAACCAGAUGUCAGUGGUGAAAAGAAGGAAGAUGAACAGCUGAUCCGUGAUAUUCUGCUCUAUAUACGCCACCUGGACCCCCAGAUGAGAGGCAACACAGCAAUUCUGAUUGGCCAGUUAAUUAAAUCGGUCGUUAUUGAAUCCAAAUAUAAAUGUGAUUCAUGGCUGCAAACAACAUGUGAACAGUCACAAACAAAAUUUGUACCCUUAGAUGAAUUGAUAUCCUUAUUGAUAUCUGGACUAGAAGAUGAUUUUUCUGGGGCAAGUAAAAGCGUAUGCAGUGCAGUAAAGAUAUGUUUACGUCCAUUGUGCAAUAGUAUCCAUGGAGAUUUGGGAUUAAAAUUAAUAUUAUCUUUAUUACCAUUGAGCGAUAAUUCCUAUUGGUUGGUAAAAGUUAAAUUAUUGGAUGUUUUGUCAUCUAUCGAUUUCAAAGUUGUACAUUUUCUUGAAGACAUUUUUCCGGACACCAGAAAAGGAGAUAAUCAUUUUGUUGGAAGGCUUCAGCUUCAAGGCAGAGUAAUUGAGAAUGUAAUAAUUCAACUCCUAUCAGAUGAAGAUGCAAGGGUGAGGGAUGCCUCUGCCAAAGCACUAGUAGCGCUUGUCUCUUGGCUGUUCUAUGCUAUGGAUCACCCCCAGCAUGAUCCCAUUAUUGCAGUAGCUAAAGAGCACACCAACAAACACCUUGAUCCAAUCAUACAUGAACAGACACCAUAUACAACAGCCAACACCACUGCUAUGCGGGAAGUAUCAAUAUUUAAUGACCAUACAUUUACACCACCAGUUACUGAAGAAUCGGCUUUAUCUCGUGUGGUAGAUAAACUUGUUAAGACUCUCAACUCUUGCACUUCUAAAUAUCUUUUGGUAGGUACAAAUUCUUUUAAUUUUGUCAUUAUGGUUGCUGUCAUGCCUUGUGUGAGUUGUCCUAUGCAAUAUCCUGUAUCACAGUAUGCUAGCGCAUGGGGCUGCGCUAGUAUAACAACUCUCACACCCAAGGACGGUUCAAAGUCUUCUAGAAUUCACAGACAAACUUCAAGGACAUUCAGUAGUGGAAGUAUUACCAGUAUUACCAGCGCUGGAAGCACCACAAGUACUGUGAGUGUGGAAGAGUUGAGUAGUGGUUCUGGUGGAGGAGUAUUGCCGCUAAUAUUAGCGUUAUUGACUUCAUCCUCACUGCCAUUGGAUUUAUCCGGACAUCAAGAUGCACUCCAGUUGGCUGGUAAUUUGAUGGCAGGUGCAGCAUUUAAGUCUUUGAGAACUAAUCACAAUGGCAAAGAUAGCCAGUCCCCAGAAGAGCUCACUGGUUGGUCAGCAGUGCAGGACCCAUUGCUGGUCCCCCUAGCUGACCAGUUAUUACAACAUUUAGCUCGUCUUCUGAAUGUCUGUGCACAUGUGAUAGAAGGAAACCAACCAGGUCCCCCUAAAAUACAGCCUUCGCUGCCAUCAUUGUCUACUGGUACAUCACUAAGUCCAAUUAAAAAGAAAACCAAAUCAAAAGAAAAAGACGGUGACCAAGCCACUUCACUGUCUUCUAGUCCAUUAAAAUCACAGUCAAAGGAUCACAAGCAAAGUGACAAACAUGAAGGUUCUGAGAAAGAUUCUAAGGAUUCUAAGACGAGUAAAACUCAGCUGGGAGCAUUUUUCCAUUUACCCCAAUACAUGAGACUGUAUGACGUACUGAAAGGGGCGUACUCAAAUUACAAGAUAACACUUGAUCUGGGCGGGACAGAGAAGUUUGGAUCAUUACUGAAGACUGCAUUAGAUGCCCUGACUCAGCUGCUUGAGUUUGCAAAUUUUACUGAAAUAGGCAAGUAUUCUGAAGAGCUGCUUGGAUUUUUGAAAUCCACCGUACAGAGAGAGCCUACAGCCACAAUACUCACUGUUCAACAGCUUUUAAAAGCGCUGUUUUCCACUAAUCUUGGUAGCCAGUCUGAGAAUGCAACAAGUCAGAGUGCAUCUCGGAAGCCAGGCAAAGCAACUCGGCUGACUUCAAACAUGAAGCCUGGGCUCUACCAUAGUUGUAUUGCUACACCGUAUACACAGUUCACACAGUCGUUAAGUGCUGCUUCUUUCAAGCCAUCGUCGCAUGCUGAAACAGAACAUGAGAGUUCAGGUUGGUUCAGCUGGAUGAGAAAAAAAAGUGGUGAAAGAAAAAGUUCAAUUUCUAAGCCAGGCAGUAAAGACAAGGUUCAUAUCCAUAGUUACAUACGAUUGUUUGAACCUCUCGUGAUCAAAGCUUUGAAGCAGUACACCAUCACAAGUUCGUUGACCUUACAGCAACAAGUGCUUCACUUAUUGGCUCAACUCGUGCAGCUCAGGGUGAAUUAUUGUCUUCUGGACUCAGACCAGAUAUUUAUUGGCUUUGUCAUCAAGCAGUUUGAAUUUAUUGAAGAGGGGCAGAUAAAGGAUUCUGAGAAUUUGAUACCCCAUAUUUUCCAUUUUUUGGUUCUUCUGUCAUAUGAGAGAUACCAUACUAAAGCCAUUAUUGGAAUGCCAAAGAUAAUUCAGCUAUGUGAUGGUAUAAUGGCAAGUGGUCAGCAAGCUUCAACACAUGCUAUUCCUGCGUUAAGGCCGAUUGUCCAUGAUUUAUUCGUGUUGAGAGGUUCUCAUAAAGCUGAUUCGGGUAAAGAGUUGGACACACAGCGAGAGGUAGUGGUGUCGAUGUUGAUACGUCUUAUACAGUUCCAUGAGGUACUGGACUUAUUUAUUAUUGUUCUCCAACAACAUCACAAAGAAAGCGAAGACAAAUGGAAGCGUCUGUCCAGGCAGGUUAUCGACAUGGUCUUGCCUCGACUUGCAAAACAACAGGUUAACCUUGAUAAUCAGCAAGGAUUGGAUACCUUGCAUAGAUUAUUAGAAUCAGUAGCGUCCAGUGCGUUAAGACCAGUUGAUAUGCUACUAAAGACCUUAUUUAUGCAGCCAUACGAUGUGAGUUCAUUAUUCAACCUACAGCGCUGGUUAUCACUAGUGUUAGCCGUUCUCAGAGUCAUCAUAUCGCAAUCCAAAGAGGAAGUCAUUCUUACUCGACUUCAAGAACUCAAUCUGCAGGUCAAUAUCUUUACAUACACCCAUACCUGUGCUGCAAGGAAUGCUGGGAGGAGAUCUAGACCCAGCAGCGCGUCUGGGUUACCUGAGAAUGCGGCAUAUGCACCUGAGACACCUGAGGAAAUAUUUGCAAGGUUUUUACUGCAAGUGAUUGGUUUGAUGGUGACAGAGUUGAGUAGGAGGUGUUGUAACCCAUCACCAUCUGAACAGCCGUAUGACUUUCUGGCCACUCAACUUUCUCAUCUACUUCUCUAUGUAACACAUAUGUUUAAAACAGGUUCUUUCCGGCGGGCAGCAUUUAAGUCUUUGAGAACUAAUCACAAUGGCAAAGAUAGCCAGUCCCCAGAAGAGCUCACUGGUUGGUCAGCAGUGCAGGACCCAUUGCUGGUCCCCCUAGCUGACCAGUUAUUACAACAUUUAGCUCGUCUUCUGAAUGUCUGUGCACAUGUGAUAGAAGGAAACCAACCAGGUCCCCCUAAAAUACAGUGUGAAAAUCUGACAGAUGCUGAACCAAUGACGUGGCUUAUAAUCAAUCAUGUCAGUGACAUCAUAGAUCUAUCCCAUGAGCCUCCAGUCCUAGAUUUUAUAAGUGCAAUACAUCGUAACCCAGCAGCUAGUGGUCUUUUCAUUCAAGCACUCCACCUCCGCUGUGAAAGCUUCUCUACCAAUCCCUGUAUGUUGAAGCGUACUUUGAACUGUCUUCUACCAAUCCAUUUAAGUCAGUCUGGUGCGCUACUAACGCUACUGAUUGAUAAAUUCUCACUGACAUACCAUCAUGCUCUAGCUAGGCUCUGCGAUAUGGCUGCCUGUAGAAGAGUUGAAAUGUUACUAGCUGAGAACGCAGAAGAAUGCGAAACACAAAUACCGAUUGAAGAUUUACAAAAACUAAUGCAACAUAUGAGGACUAGUGGACUCACUAAAAAGUAUACCAGAUUAACAUCUCUGUUGAUGAAAUUGAAGUGUUACUUGGAAGGGGAAGACAUUCCUCCCACUCCAUCCCCAUCAGAUGCGCAGGCACUUGUAGCCAAGGCUGAUAUCAAUAAGGAUUGGUACAUGUCUGUUGUGAGGGAGUGUUGUUUUACUAAAACCAGCUCUGCCAGGGAAUGUUCACUUAUGCUGCAGAAAUUAGAAUAUUGGAUAAUCAUUCAUUGGCAUUUUAUGCGUGACAUUCUGCCAUCGUCAGACCAUGUUCAGACAGCAUUGGAGUGUUUAUCCCAGACUCUCCAGUACACUCAGAUCUUCAAUGUCAUUGGCUCCAAAGAAAAUCUAUCCUGGGCCUGCUCUGCUAUUGGUUGUGUAUAUCAGAUAUUUACAGGAGAAUUCCAUAAAGUUGGUAAGGCUUGCGAUCAGACCACAGAACUUGUUGAGUGUCUGCAGUCACACCUCAGUAAGGGACGUCUGAAAAAUACCCCCGUUCCACCAUUCCUAGCACCGACCAUGAGGAACGUGAUAAUCGGCCUGGCGAGGUUACCAUUAGUUAAUAGUUACGCUAGGACACCGAGCAUCGCUUGGAAGAUGGGUUGGAUGCCUACACCCUCUGGACCUCUGCAAACUAAGCUGCCACCACUGCCAGUAGAGUAUUUACAAGAUAAGGAAGUACUCAAGCAAUUCCUUUAUCGUGUCAACGUCUUAGGUUGGACUUCAAGACAACAGUUUGAAGAAACAUGGGCGGCAUUAUUGGGAGUAUUGAGUUCACCGCCGAUGAGUGUUGACAUGUCCAUUGAGGAAGAGAUAGAGAGAACACAGUCAUCAUGUCUUGCUGUCAGGGCCAUCACGUCACUACUUGUCAGAACGUUGAUGAAACCAGAAGCUGGUAAUCCGACCAAUAGCGUAUACCGAUUGGUAUCUAGACAUAGUAAACUACCGUUCCUUACCACACCAAUGGGUAGAAAGUUAUGUGCAUUGAGAGAAGAAAUAGAAAUGGACAUCAGAGCGAUAAUUGCUAAGAGAGGUGAUCAUUGCAGUCAUCAUGAAUAUCAGUAUACAGAUGAACCACUACUUCAUCAAAACCUGGAAAGAGAACUGAAUAGUUUCCAUUAUAGUCUGGGCCAGCUUUCCAUCCCAUCAGUGGGAUCUCAGUUAAAUCUACCCUCACCUGUGGCUGAGAUGCCCCAUGAAAUAGAAGAAGGCGUGUCCAUGAUGAUCGUUUCCAAUGCUCCUGGCAAGCUGGACGUCCAUUCCUGUCUGAUGUUUUUACUAGAACUGUACGGCCAGUGGAUGUCUCAGAACGUCACUCCUAAAACUCCACUCAUGCUCUUAUGUGAAACAGUUAAAUCUGUUUUAAGCAUUUCUGAUAUUUUCACUGAGCAUGCUCAGUACGAGUGGAUGUUUGACACUCUCCUAGAGGUUCAAAAGAACCACCCAUUGGAGGAUGAAUUGAUCACUCAGUACAUCAUACCUGGAAUAUGCAAAGCAGCGGCAGUACUUGGCAUGUUCCUUUUCCACAUACCAAUCAAUAUUCUUUGUUCGACUGGUGUCCAGUGUAGACAGGUUUCACUGAUUAGUUGUAUAGUAAGUCAGCAGCACGUCUUGGCUAUGUUGUCAACGUCUUUCUAUUUAAUUGAACAUUAUGCAGAGCAUAUCAAAGAUACUGAAUUUACUUAUAAUAUUAUACAGAUAUGUAUUUCUAUGGCAUCAAGCAAUGAGGAAGCGGUUUCCCCAGCAGUGUACCAUGCCAUUAUGAGAGGCUUUGAAAGACUACUCUUAGCUGGGUGUCUCUCUACCUCAGACGCUGAGUCAUUAGUCAAGUGUAGUGUGGAUAGACUGUGUAUGGCUUCACCACACAGGGCAAUGUCAGCACUAGGAUUGAUGCUGACUUGCAUGUACACAGGAAAGGAACGAGAUCAAAAGAAAGAUAGUGUAACUGACCAAUCAGAUUUGGAUGCAGCAUCACAUGACCCUGAGAGGUUACUGAUCGCCAUGGAAAGGGUCACUGUAUUAUUUGAUAGAAUUCGUAAAGGAUUUCCAUCUGAAGCCAGAGUGAUAGCCAGGAUAUUACCAACUUUCUUGAUUGACUUUUUUCCACCUCAGGAUAUCAUGAAUAAAGUCAUCGGUGAAUUCCUGUCUAGUCAACAGCCGCACCCACAACUUAUGGCAAGAGUUGUGUUCAAAGUGUUCAGUAAACUUCAUCAACAAGGUCAAACAGUCCUGGUUAGAGAUUGGGUCAUGUUAUCGCUGUCUAAUUUUACCCAGCGCACACCAGUUUCCAUGGCAAUAUGGAGUCUGACAUGUUUCUUCAUCAGUUCAUCAACCAAUAUGUGGAUUUGUGCAUUACUACCCCAUGUGAUUGGUAGAAUGGGUAAACUUGAAACCAUUGAUAAGAGGAACUUCUGUGUUGCAGCCUUGGACUUUUACAGACACCAACUCGUCGAGGAAGCUGGUAAAAGAGCUUUUAUUUCCAUUUUCCAGUCUGUAGCCAAUCCUGGUGGACCUUAUGCCGAGCUGUUAGCUGCAUGUAAUGCAAAUAAUCAGUAGAAGACACCCUAGGUUUAUGGGCGUAUAUCUAGUACCUCCUUAUAGACUAUCUGUUAUUGGCUGGACCAGAUUAUUAUCAAAUAUUUUAUGAAAAUGUUUAGGGAACCAGGGGAUCCAUGUCUCAGGCUGAAUUUACAGUGAAUAUUUUGAUUGAUAUUUCGGUCGUGUUUUUUUCUGAUUUUCAGAAAGAAACAAAGUUUUAAACAAUAAUGUGUAUUGAGUGAUGGUACAAUUUAUAUGUGAAUAUUAUGUGAUUAGAGAAAUAGUUCCUUUUCCUUCCAACAAGUGUUAUCAGGUAGCUGAAGACUUUAUAGUCUAUAUGCAAACUAGUCAAUUAGUAUAGCAUAGUUUUAUGCCAGCUUAUUUUAGCAGUUGCAUUUUUUCCAUCCCCGUUUGACAAGGUUGAUCGUUAUUUUUUUGCUCCCAGACAGUAACUCACUUUAAAGAAUCUGUUUAAACAAAGGUUUAAAAUAUCUCUUCAUUGAAGAUGUUUAUUAUAGUACAACUCAAAUUUUUAUCAAACCACCAAGGUUUGAAACUGAUUUAAAAAUAAGAAUGACAAAUAUUGGCUCAGCAAUGGUAAUCUGGUAAUGUUUUGUGACCAUAACUAAAUUAUUAUGUUUUUAGAAAUGUUCCUCAUUGUAGUGAACAAAUAAUCGGAAACAAAGUACAUGUGGUCUCUUGUGCAUAAUUAAUAAUACUAUCUGUUCACAAUAACUACAUUCAGCAUUACCAAACAAUAAAAAUAACAAAUGCAAAAAUAGACCAUGUGGAAAAUAGCUGUCUGAAGUUAAAAGGGCAGUGAUCGUCAUGACAACUUGUCUUUGAUGUGGGACCCACAUAUACAUCACUUCUAAAUACAAUGUUUGUUUACACCGAAUUCAAAUACAUUCUGCAAGACGAUCACUGCCUUUAUUUUAAUAAAAGAAUAUGUUUAUUUAUAAUUUGCAAGAUUCCAUCCGGAUACCUAUGGGUCUUUCAAAAGUGUGAUUUAGCGUGACUUGAAAUGUACAAUUAAACAAUGCAGUUUUGCUGUAUGUAAGCAUAUAAUCCUUGUUUACAAGUGUGUGUGUGUGUUUGUGUGUACACUACGGAGGUUGCAUGACACAUUAUUUUUUUGCAAUGUUGAGAGGCCUCCAUAUACAUAUUGAAUAACAAGCGGAAACCCAUAUUUCUUCUAUUGUUCUACUUGAAUUAUUUCCGAGUCCGUCUCUCUCUAAUUCAUGAUCUGUCUUCAAAUGGUAUCAGUAAGGAAUCUUGUCUCCUGGUAAUAUUAUGUUCUUUUCAUGUUUGGUUAACACCUUGGAAGCACACACAAUUUUUACCCCAUACUUUAUAAGCAGCAUUUGAGAUUAUGGUUGUUAUAGUGUUAACAUUAGAUGCAUUCAUCUUGCUUGUAAAUCAGAAUGCAUUGGUAACAGAGUGUAAGAUAUGUCAGUGGCAGCUAGUGUGAAAGAAUUCUUCUCGUCUGGGGCCAAUGCUGGUACCUCUUAGCUAUGUAUUAUAUAUCUCCUAUGCUGUAAAUUCAUUUAGUUCUCAUUCUAUGACAAUAUAUGUGGUGGUAAGUGUUUGCUUCCCGAUCAAACAAGUCCCUUAUUGGAUGGAUAUUCCAGGUGAACAUUUGCAUAUUAACACCUGGUGAACUUGAAAAUCUGCAUUGUAUAUAUGCUUCACCUCAACUGAAAAAUGGUUAGAACUUUGGGUGGGAUAAAACUUUUUUAAAAAAGAGAACAUUUCCAGUUUAUACAUGAACCCAAUACAUUGUGUCAAUUUUAUGUUCAAGAUUUUUAAAACUCGUUGAUGACCAACUGGUUACAUAGUUUUUCCUUUCUAAAAGAGAAUGGGACACAAAAUAAAAUGAAAUGCACUUUUGCUUACAACUUAUUUUUUCCCCCUUGCUCUUUGCAGUGGUAAUGUUCUGGUAUUAAACUUUGUCUGUUAUGUCCAGUUAUACAUGCAUGUGGGUAAGCAUGCAUCAUAGGUUAAUGCUUGAUCUGUGUGACUGGUAAUCAGAUUAUCAAAUUGUAAUAUAGCAUCUGAUUGGCUACUUACAGUCACAUGACAUGAAAGCAGUUUUUUUUUAUUGGGCUCUCUACUAUGUUAAUAUACAUAAUGGUAACUUUUCUUCCUUCAGUAAUUAUGUAUGUAUUCGAUAAUUGUUAUGAAUCUAUUAAUACUGUAAUUAUGUAUCACACUUAAGGGUUGAUAAGUUAAGGGCAUGCAACGGAAUAAGAUGUGUUAUUAAACCAUUUACAUUUCUGUCCCUGAGACACUAAACAUAAUUCUAACACUGGCUGUAAAGGUGUUUCAAUGUGCAUCUUUUAUCACUGCAGUUGAGUUGUAAUCUUUAUUUUUUUGCCUCGAAAGAUUUUCUGAGAACCAGUUAUACUUGGACUUGGUCUCAAAGGAGUCAAUAAAAUGUAUCACUGGAACCGAGUGUUUAUUUCACGUGUUGCAUACCCUUAACUAUUGCCGCUAUGAGUACAUCAAAUUGUGUGAAAUAAACAACAAAAAAA